AUGCCCGUCACCGACGAGGACGCCGCGCUGCAGGCUAUUGCGACAUUGCAGGACUUGUCCGUUGAGCAGCAAGACGCCCUGCACGCCGUCAAUGCUAUAGUGCACAACGGGGAGCCGUUUGUCAAUGUCCAUGAAUUGUUUGCCCACUACAAUGUGCUGUAUUUUCGGGGACUGCUGCUGCCCCGCGUCGAGCUCCUGUGGUCGCCGCGACUGACGCUUUGUGCUGGCAUCUGCGAACUCUCCAAAGACCCAUCCACUGGAAAGUUGACGCGCAUUCGUCUGAAGCUGAGCACCCCACUGUUGCAGUAUCGUCCGCGAUCAGACACCAUCAACACACUGCUGCAUGAGGCCAUACACGCCUACUUCUUCAUCACCACCUCUUGGAAGCAUUCGCGCGGUGACGACGGGACUGGACAUGGCCUAGGCUUUCAAUUGUUUGCUGAUGCCGUCAACAACCACGGCAACUAUGAAGUCACAAUCUACCACACUUUCCACGACGAGGUGGAGAGUUUCAGGACACAUGUCUGGCAGUGCGACGGGCCAUGCAAGAUGCAGCCGCCCUACUUUGGUCUAGUGAAGCGCAGCAUGAACAGAGCGCCUGGGAAGAGCGACAAUUGGUGGUUGAAACACGAAGCCGAAUGCGGAGGAACGUACACAAAGACCCAAGAGCCCGCUCCUACGAAGAAGCAGCUCGAGGCUUUGAGCAAGAAGGAACGUGCAGGGCGCCAGAAGAACAAACUAGACAGUUGGGUCACAGCACAAAGAACGCAGGACGAUGAAGUAGUAGGUAAAACUGUCGAUCAGCCUAUCGAUCUUGACACGGAGGACAACCCUCGCAAGAUGUCGAGUAGGUCAAAGAAGAAGCAAGCCGUGGCAGUGGACGUUUCACUCGACGCGGAUCCUUCUUUGAGCUCUGUAGCAGGCCAGAAACGGCCGCGAACGAGCGAUGAUGACGAGAAUAUCACUAUUGAGAAGAAGGUACUCGUCGAGUGUCCGAUAUGUAACAUGCGAAUAGCUGAAUCAGACAUCAACCAGCACCUGGAUGUGGUGCAUUCUCUUUGCGCUUCUUGA